CCUUCAACAACUAUACUAUGACGUAACCGAGCAUACGGAUUACAUUCCACGCCGUUCUGCAAUCUGAUUGGACUGCAACUAUAGUUGAAGAGGGUACAGGUCGUUGAUGCUAACGUCACCUGACUAUUUCUUCCACGCGCGUGAAAUAGGCAGGCUAUGCCAGACUAGUAUAAACCAGCAGUUAUACCAGGCGGGCAGAGUUGGGUUUGAGAGAGAGAAAGAGUUUCCACGUUGUGUCGUCCAGCUCCCCACGAGAAGAGUGCAGACUCGGCCUACGUAUGUCCUAAGAGCUGCACAUCAUUUCCAC